CUGGUAGAGUUGGUUUCACAUCUAGUCGUUGCCCAGAUGACUGAGACGGUGUGGCUAUUGUACAUCUCCCUGAUCGGACUUCAAGGCACUUAGCAAAGCCUUCUGUAGAUAAAAUGGAAAAAGGCGAAGGACCUCCUCCAGACAUUGCAGAUAUUGCAGCGCCGCCAUAUCCUGGUCCUCCAUUGGACUCAAGUGUGGUCAUCAAUCAACCUACACCUGUUUAUCAGCCAGUGAACCAGCCUCAUGCUCAGCAGUAUCAACAACCUGUUGACCAGCAAUAUCCCCAGCCUCAUGCUCAGCAGUAUCAGCAACCUGUUGCUCAGCAAUAUCCCCAGCCUGUUGCUCAGCAGUAUCAGCAACCUGUUGCUCAGCAAUAUCCCCAGCCUGUUGCUCAGCAGUAUCAACAACUGGUUAAUCAGACAGAUAUCCAGCUUGUUCAAAUGCAAGUUGGACAGCAAAAUCAGACUGCUCAACCUGUAAACCCUGUGGUGGUGGUGCAAGCAAGACCAACUGAGGCUCCUGGAAGCAUGUUGUGUCCACACUGUAGGACCACCGUUGUGAGCACAAUCGAAUACAAAUUGGGCAUGCUCACUUGGAUCAUUGUUGGAUCACUGUUUAUUAUUGGGUGUUGGCCUUGCUGUUUGAUCCCGUUCUGCGUGAGUGGUUGCAAGGAUGUGCAGCAUUCCUGCCCGCAGUGCAACAACGUUCUGCACGUCCACCGUCGCAUGUGAACCACAGUGAUUCACAUGCGACUGCAGUUACUGACAUUUUUGCUGAACCGCCUUUAAAAGUGGACUAUAAAAGAAAUACUUAUAUUAGGUUUUCCUGAAACAAACUACUGAUAUUUUUAUCUUUAUUGUAUAACAUUAACAGAUAAUUUUUCAAAAUUUUUAACUUAAGAUCGUAAGGAAAUUUUUUCCCCAUUGUGUCCUAGAGAAAAGCUCUGCUCAUACAAGUUGUUUUUAAUUACCUUGACAUAUACAAAUAUUUUUUUGAAACAUUAGUUAAUGUUUUAAAGUAAUGUAAAAAUAUUUAAAACACAUCUUGAUGAAGGUCAACAUAAUUCUACAUUUUUAUUAUUAAUAAUUGAAAGUCUUUCCGUAAUCAUUAAGCAUUAGAGUAUAUCUUGUUCUGCUACCAUUUCCUUAACAAUUAUUACUUUAAUCUAAUUAUUACUCAGUGAUUUACUUGGAUACUAACCGUUGACGUGAGAAUGUAGUUCUGGUUGUGAAAGUAGGUUUCUCUUACUUUAAAUAGUUCAACAUUUGAUUAUUGUUGUAAUAAAUCAUGAAUCAGAACAUAAUAUCUUCAAAAAAUAUCCUUCAAAAUAUCUGAAAUGUUGAAUUUGUCUGUUCAUUGAGGUCUCCUUGCACUGUACAAAGUUAUUUCAUUGAGAGCUGCACUGUAAAACUAGAAUUCCCAAAGUCUGUUAGAAUCGAUGCUGUCAUUGAAAUAACACUUCUGAACUUCCUAAAAAAAUUAGGCAGUGUUUUGAUCAGUUCAUCAUUGGUAGAUAUAUUUCUGUGUUUUCUUUAAAGCUGAUCUCAUUUAUCAUUGUGUUGAGAGGAAUAAAAGAACAAAUUCUCAGCAAUUGUGUUACUGUAAGCAGAAGAGACAAAACUGUGACAGCCCAAAAUACAGUGUAUCUGGAAAGACCUGUGUGUGUGUGGGCGUUGUAACAGUUAUACUGCUUAGUUCCUCGUCAUGAGUAGGUAUCACCACAAGGGGGCGCCUAUUCCCUUUUCCUUUUGUUGUAUGAUUGUACAGAGUAAGAACUAGUCUUCCACGUGUACUAGAGAAGAUCAUGAGUGACAAUAAAGAAGAAGUAUGGAAAACUUCAA